ACGAUGGUCACUCUAAUGUACGAUUUGUCACGUAGAAUCAUCGUCUUUAAUGAACUAAUCCGGAGAAAUAUUUUCAGAGUUUAGUUGGGAAAUUCGUGAAGAAAAUACAAUAGUGGUUUGACUAAAAACGUUCUGUGAUAAAAUUCAUUAUAACGGAACGAUCCGACGAUGACGGAACAGCAGAUGGACUGUGCAUUAGAUUUAAUGAGAAGACUUCCGCCACAGCAGAUCGAGAAAAAUUUAAUAGAUUUGAUUGACCUCGCUCCAGCCUUAUGCGAAGAUUUAUUGACAUCUGUCGAUCAACCAUUAAAAAUAGCUAAAGAUAAAGAAACUGGUAAAGACUACUUGCUGUGCGAUUACAACCGUGAUGGUGACUCAUAUAGAUCCCCGUGGUCUAAUACCUAUGAUCCACCGUUAGAGGACGGAUCCAUGCCAUCUGAACGUCUUCGUAAAUUGGAAAUCGAAGCAAAUCACGCUUUUGAUCAAUAUCGUGAAAUGUACUAUGAAGGUGGCGUGUCAUCUGCAUAUUUGUGGGAUUUGGAUCACGGCUUUGCUGGUGUGAUCUUAAUUAAAAAAGCUGGAGAAGGAAAUUUGAAAACAAAAGGAUGUUGGGAUUCUAUACACGUUGUUGAAGUUCAGGAGAAAAGCUCUGGCAGAACAGCGCAUUAUAAAUUAACUUCGACACACAAACUGCAUCAGCGUAAUAUACUCAUAUGAUGCGGAUUAAAUAUA